AUCCUCCUUGUGUUCACAAACAUCGCCCACCUCCCUCUCUCUCUCUCUCUCUCUCUGAAACCCAGAAAGGAAGAAGCCAAACACCAACUUUUGUUCUUGUUUGUUCCCACAUACUCUCUUCCUAUCUGUGCAUGAAUAUUACUACUACAGUUUUGGUCGAGCAGCGGCAGUACUCUUUCUGUUUUACGUAACUUUCGUAAAUUAAUGGCGUCGCCUUCGGAACUAAGCCUGGACUGCAAGCCCCACAGCUACUCUAUGCUACUCAAAUCUUUCGGAGACCAAAUUGACCAGACACAGAAGAUCGAAGACUUCCUUUCUCGCCUCGAGGAAGAACGCCUCAAGAUCGAUGCUUUCAAGCGCGAGCUUCCCCUUUGCAUGCAACUUCUCACCAAUGCUGUGGAGGCUCAUAGACAGCAGCUACAGGCCUACAGAGGGAACCAAGGUCCGAGGCCAGUUCUUGAAGAAUUUAUACCCCUCAAACAAUCAACAUCUGAAAGCUCAGAGAAAUCAUCGAACAAUUCUGAUAAGGCAAACUGGAUGACAUCCGCUCAAUUAUGGAGCCAAGCAAGUGACGGAACCAAAUCUCAAUCCGCAAUUAAUAUAUCCCCGAAAGAACCCGAUAUCGGCUUCAGUGUUAGUCCAAAACUAGCUUUCGAUGGUAAACAGAGAAAUGGAGGAGCAUUCCAUCCUUUCUCGAAAGAAAGGAACUCGUGCCCGAGUCCCACUUUGCGUGAUCUUCCUGAUUUGGCUCUUGCCUCUGCUGACCAGAAAGAGUUGGAGGAUAAAAAGUGUUUGGAGACAGAAAACGGGAUUUCUUGUCCUAGGAGAGAUCAGAAUAUUAUAGGUAAGGGUGGUAAUGGAGGGGUGGUGGUUGAGCAAGGGAAAGGACCUGGUGGCAAUUCAUCAGAUGGGCAAACAACCGUAACAACCACUGCUCCUAACACUUCUCAGAGUCAUAGGAAAGCAAGGAGGUGUUGGUCGCCAGAUUUACAUCGGAGAUUCGUGAAUGCUCUUCAGAUGCUUGGUGGUUCUCAAGUAGCCACCCCAAAACAAAUCAGGGAGCUGAUGAAGGUUGACGGUUUGACCAAUGAUGAAGUUAAAAGCCACCUGCAGAAAUACAGGCUUCACACUAGACGACCCAGUCCAAGCCCACAAGCAUCCGGAGCCCCCGCUCCCCAGCUAGUAGUCCUAGGUGGCAUAUGGGUCCCACCAGAGUAUGCCACGGCCGCAGCAGCUCAUACGGGAGCCUCAGCUCUCUAUGGAACCCAUCCUGGCUCGCAUGCGCCCCCACACUACUGUGGCCCAGCAGUUCCACAAGAAUUCUAUGCUGCACCGCCACCACCACAUCCGCCUCACCACCAGUUGCACCACCACGCUCUCCACCAUCAAGUCCAUGUCUACAAGGCCACGCCACAGACGAACAGCUCGCCAGAAUCCGACAUCAGAGGGACUAGGGACCGGUCGGAGAGUAUUGAAGACGGAAAGUCAGAGAGCAGCAGCUGGAAUAAGGGUGAGAGUGGUGAGAAUGGAGGGGAGAGAAAAGGGUUCGCUACAAUGAGAGAAGAUGGUGAGGAAAGCAAUGGAAGUGGGAUCACUCUCAAGUUUUAAGGCUUAUGGUAGAAAGCUUUAGGGUUAGGGCUAGCUUUAGGGUAACUCUUACAUGUUUCUAUCCCAUGUUUAUUGUAUUGUUGCAUGUUAAAAAGAUAAGAAAAUUCUAAGUGGGAGGGUAAAAAAGGCAUAAAGAAAAAGUGAGUGCUUGUUUUGUUAUCCUGGUACGUUUUGAUAUCUUAAUCGGAAAAUAUUGAAGAUUGGAUUA